AUGCUCAGCGCCGCUCUUCGGAGGCGUGUCCUCGCGCCUACUCACCAGGCCCUGCGAUCUGGCUUCGCCGCCCACGUCGUUCGCUACUAUGCCUCCUUCCCUAGCCACCAGGUGAUCAAGAUGCCUGCUCUGUCGCCCACAAUGCAGGCCGGCAACAUUGGAGCCUGGCAGAAGAAGCCCGGCGACACCAUCAGCCCUGGUGAGGUUCUGGUCGAGAUCGAGACGGACAAGGCCCAGAUGGACUUUGAGUUCCAGGAAGAGGGUGUUAUUGCCAAGGUCCUCAAGGAUGCUGGCGAGAAGGAUGUUCCUAUUGGCACCCCCAUUGCUAUCCUGGUCGACGAGGGAACCGACAUCGCCGCUUUCGAGAAGUUCUCCAUCGAGGACGCUGGCGGCGCUGCCCAGCCCGCUGAGCCCAAGAAGGACUCUGAGCCUGCCCCUCAGUCUACCCCCGCCUCUGCCCCUCAGUCUUCCUCUGCCCCUGAGCAGUACUCUUCACAGGGCAGAAUCCAGAGCGCUCUCGACCGUGAGCCCAACGCUCUCCCCGCUGCUGUCCGUCUUGCCCGAUCCAAGGGCAUCAGCCUUGAUGGCGUCAAGGGAACCGGCAAGGGUGGCAAGAUCACCGAGGAGGACGUCAAGAAGCUGGUUUCCAGCCCUGCUGUGUCUGCCCCCGGCGCUACCUUUGAGGACACUCCCAUCAGCGGAAUGCGAAAGACCAUUGCCAACAGACUGCAAGAGUCUACCCAGACCAACCCUCACUUCUACGUCACCAGCUCAGUCUCCGUGUCCAAGCUGCUGAAGCUGCGACAGGCCCUGAACAGCUCCGCUGACGGCAAGUACAAGCUGUCUGUCAACGACUUCCUCAUCAAGGCCAUGGCCAUCGCUUCCAAGCGAGUCCCCGCUGCCAACUCUAGCUGGCGCGGUGAUGUUAUCCGCCAGUUCUCUACCGUCGACGUCUCCGUCGCCGUCUCUACCCCCACCGGCCUCAUCACCCCUAUUGUCACCGGCGUUGAGGGCCGUGGCCUCGAGUCCAUCUCCAACAAGGUCAAGGAGCUCGCCAAGAAGGCUCGUGACGGCAAGCUCAAGCCCGAGGAGUACCAGGGCGGCACCAUCUCCAUCUCCAACAUGGGCAUGAACGACGCCGUCAACCACUUCACUGCCGUCAUCAACCCUCCCCAGGCCGCUAUCCUGGCUGUCGGCACCACCCGAAAGGUCGCUGUUCCCGCCACCAACGAGGACGGCGAAACUACCGUCGAGUGGGACGACCAGAUCACCUUCACUGGCAGCUUCGACCACAAGGUCGUUGACGGUGCUGUCGGCGCUGAGUGGAUGCGCGAGCUCAAGAAGGUCCUCGAGAACCCCCUGGAACUCCUUCUGUAAAUUGGAAGAGAGGUAAAACAAAACAGGAGAAAUGAUACACAGGGAUUUCUUGACCCUCCACAAAACUUUCUCUAUGGGCAGAAGGCGGCGUCUGGGAUGGGUUACAUAUUAGACUGGGAGCUGAAGGAAGAGAAAGGAUCCAAAAAAAUUUAUAUAAACGUAAAAGAUAAAGCGGCAAUGGAUCUGUUUAAUCUUCAUGAGAGAGAGGGGAAGAAGAGAUGAAGCGGCAAGUGUCUUUUUUUUAAUGGGCAAAGUUUUUUCACCUUUUGCCGUUGCGAAAGACGACGACGAUGAUGGGAGGGCUUUUUCAAAGCACGCCUUGUAUAAAAAAAAAUAAGAACGUCCCUUGACUAAUACUGCAUUUUGGGUGAGGGGAGGGAAAAGGGGAAGCAAGGGGAGGUGGAUUUUGCCAGCUUUGUAUACGUUUCUCUUUUUUAUUUCUUGUUUCUUCUCCCCUUACCUGCAAUACAGAAUAUAUUUUUUUACAUCUUUAACUACCUAGAACUCUCUUCUCAAAAUUCACUUUGUGGACCCUUCUUUGGAUUCAUUUUGUAG